UCUUUCCCCUUUGUAUAUUUAAUAAAUUUUUUUUCAGAAUUUAAAUCUCUAUUAACGCUAAUUAUAAUGCUGGAACAUCAAUGCAACCAAAAUUUGGAUCAACUCUUUACGGCACUUCAUGGUGUUAAAUUGGCUAUAUUCGAUCCUCUGUUUUGUGAGCAAAAAAUAAAAUCGGAACUUCCAUUUUUGGUUGCUAGAAAUGCUGUCGCUUGGUCUUAUGAAGAGCAAAAGCAAUUAGUUGAUGAAUAUAUUAACAAGAAGGAUAGGACAUCUCCAAUUCCGGAAAGACAACCAAUUGAUCUUAAAAUCGAAAAAACUUCAAAAGAACGUCAAAAGCAAUUAAAAGAAAAUAAGAGAAUCCAAACUGAAGCUAAAAUACAGGCGAUGAUUGAAGAAUUCAAAAAGCUUAAUUUGUGCUCUUAA